UCUAGAAACGCAGCAUCAGCAGGAGGUUUUUGGCAGCAGCAGGAGUAGCACUUGUGUGAUUCCUAUCAAAAAGCUUUGCACCUAGGAUGUGGUUCACCGGCGUGGCCAUCGCAUCCAUUUACGGUGUGAUCAGUGUGUUGGGGCUGGUCGGCAACAUCACGCUCAUAAAGACAUUCUGCUCUGCCAAAACUGUCCGGAACGUGCCGAAUGUCUUCAUGUCCAGUCUGGCGCUGGGAGACGUGAUGCUGCUGGUCACCUGCGCGCCCGUGGAUGCGAGCCGGUACCUGUCAGAGGAGUGGUUGUUCGGCAGAGUGGGCUGCAAAGUCAUUCCCUUCAUCCAGCUCACGUCUGUCGGAGUCUCUGUUUUCACCCUCACGGCUCUCUCUGCAGACAGGUACAAAGCCAUUGUGAAGCCCUUGGAAAUCCAAACGUCGACCACCACUACUGCCAUCGUCCUGAAGGCGGCGCUCAUCUGGCUGUGUGCCCUGGUGCUGGCUAUCCCUGAGGCCGUUUACUCUGACCUACACACCUUCUACAUUCCCAAUACCAACGAGAGCUUCAUCACCUGCGCCCCUUAUCCUCAUGCUGGGGAGUGGCAUCCCAAGAUCCACUCUAUGGCAUCUUUUCUCAUUUUCUAUGUAAUCCCCCUGCUGAUCAUAUCGGUGUACUACACCUUCAUUGCCCACAGCUUGCUGACAAGUGCCUCCAACCUGCCUGUAGAGGGCAACGUGCAUGCGAAACGGCAGAUUAAAUCUAGAAAGCGAUUGGCCAAGACAGUGUUGGUGUUUGUCGCUCUCUUUGCACUUUGCUGGCUUCCCAAUCACGUUAUCUACCUAUAUCGGUCCUACCACUAUUUCCAGGUGGACACCUCACUGGCUCACUUUGUGUGCAGUGUAAUGGCUCGUAUCCUUGCCUUCACCAACUCCUGCCUCAACCCGUUUGCGCUUUAUCUGCUGAGCAAGAGCUUCAAAAAGGAGUUCAACCAGCAGCUGUGUUGCUGCUGUAAACUGAUCUGCAGCCGUGUCUCACAGAGCUCCACACAGUUAACCCCGCGGGCGGCCUCUGUUCGCAGCACACACUGCUCCGUGGCCAGUCUGAGCAUUGGCAAUGGCCGACAGAACUGUCAGGAGAAUUUUGUGUAGUUGUGUGUGCAUAAUAGAAGGAGACAAAACAGUUAAUUAGUAGUAAUAUAUUGAGAAUAUUUUAAAAAUCAGCUAUGGUAUGAGUCAGGGUUUUUGACCACAGUACACAUUUUACAAAUAGAAAAAUACCAUGACACUGAAAGUA